AUUUUCUUUUCUCGGUAAUAAAUAAAGCGGGAAAAGGCACACUCCAUAGAGUGAAAAUUCUUCAAUUCAGAGCACACAGGCUACCGAGGAAGAAGCGAUGGCGCCACUGUUGCAGAGCUCUCAGCCAUGGGUGGAAAAAUAUCGACCAAAGCAAGUUAAAGACGUGGCUCACCAAGACGAAGUCGUUCGAGUCCUCACCAACACCCUCGAGACCACCAAUUGUCCGCACAUGUUAUUUUAUGGGCCUCCGGGUACUGGUAAAACAACUACUGCUCUGGCCAUUGCUCAUCAGCUGUUCGGGUACUAUCUUUAUUUGAGGAAGAGAAGUCAAAGAAAUAUAACUGCUGGAUGUUCCUUGAUACAAUUAUUAUUGGUCGACUUAUUUUCUUUAAAAUUGAAUUUUCUUCCAGAGCGAUAUGCUGACUUUUGCAGCAUGCCUAUUUUUCAGGUUAUCCCGGGAGAGGUUGUCCAGGCUCUCUUUUUAGCUUGUAAAAGUGGUAAUUUUGACUUGGCAAACAAGGAAGUGAGUAAUUUGAUAGCCGAAGGAUAUCCAGUUUCUCAGAUGCUUUCUCAGUUGUAUGACGUGGUUGUUGAGGCGGAUAAUAUAUCAGAUGAGCAGAAAGCAAGAAUAUGCAAGAAAUUUGCUGAAGCAGAUAAGUGUCUUAUAGAUGGAGCGGAUGAGUAUUUGCAGCUGUUGGAUGUGGCAAGCAAUACGAUGCGUGCACUUUGCAACAUGCCACAAGAUUUUUCCUCGGGGUAUUAGGUAGCUAUCUUCCUGUUAAUGUGGAAAGCAAA